UGAACAACUCAACAGUAAAAUACAACCAGAUGAUAAUUGCUUAGGUGACUUUUAUUAUAUUUCUUUAUUAUUUAAUAAUUAUAAAUAAAACUAAAAUUAAAAUCAAAUUUGAAAUAAAAAAAUGAAAAAGGAGCGAGUCCUCUCCCUGCCUCUCCCGCUCCGCUCGUCUCUACUUCCUCUUCCUCUUCUCUGCUUGUUUCUAGGUUUGAUUUCUCUUCCUUUCCUAUUUUUGUGUGUGUCGUUGAUGUUGUUAAGCUUGGGUUUGAUUUUAACUUAUUCUAACCUAGUGACAAUUAAGUUCGUCGUUGAAAAAGUGAUUAACUACAGUGGGGUUAUUUCACCACAAGCAAAGCACAUUGACCCAGAAAUGGCGAUGUCACAACUGGUGAAUGUUUCCAUAUCUUCAAGGGACAGUUAUUGCAUUGAUGUUGUUCUUCGUUGCUUAGCAAUAACUGAUGAUGGACUUGAACCCCAUCAUCUCAAUGAUGGUGGUAUUCUUGGCACCAUCAUGGCUGCUGGCUUUAAAGGUACCAUCACAGGUGAGCUUCCUCGGUUUCAAGCUGGAGUUACAAUGGAAAUAUCCUGUUUGGAUGCUUGGUAUUCUGACAAAGAUGGCACCUUAGAGUGCCGAGCAACAUACAUCGUGAAAGGACUUUGUCGUAGGUGCUGUCUCCCAGAAGUCAUUCUUCGUUGCAUGCAAGUUUCUGUUUCUCUAAUGGGAUCGGGAGUCCUGCCUGAUUGUCAUGAUACUUUGAUAGAGCUGGUUGGCAGUCCUGAAACUGACUUUCUUCACUUGUUUAGUCAACAGCAAUUACAGGAGUUUUUAUUGUUUGAGAGGGAAUACUCAAUCAGCAAAAUGGAGAUUACAGAGGAAUGAUUAUUGCCCCUUGAGCUUACUGAGCUUGGUUCGGUGUUCUUCUGGAGCUUCAAAUUUUGAAAGGAUGAAAUGCCUUAUAAACGCUUACAUUUUCUUAUUUAUAGUUAUUACUUUGCUUUUAGAAGAAAGAGCAAGGUUGACAGUGCUUGAUGCUUAUUACACAAGGUGGCCGGAGAGUCUGCUGUAAUUAUAUGCUUACGGUGCUACCUACCAUUUUCUUAUCACAGGUUCAAGACUCGUGCAUUCCCCAAUUCCAAAAAAUUAUUGCAGUGUAUUGUGAAUUUUUUUAGCCUUGUUCUCAAAGUGAAAAAAAAAAGCCCUUUUUAUAUAAUUCUGUGUUAUUCUAAUUAGAUUUUUUUUAUAUCAUUAUGGUUCGCUUUUC